AUGACUAGCAGCACCAAAUCUCGACCUUUCUCACCAUCUUCAGAGCGCUAUAUUGUAAAUCAGUUACACAACAGUUUUGCAGAAAGUGCAUAUGACCCCACUGGUUCUGUGGAAAUGGAAACUGGUCAGCUACUAGAAUCUGUUGCGGAGACGGAUACAGUCACCUGCAUAGAUGGGGAUCCUAAUGAAUGCAUCUCCAUGCCCACUGAUGAUGACGUUGAGAAAUCUUUUCGAGUCAAUCAAGAUGGCAGCAUGACUGUAGAGAUGAGGGUGCGCUUGACUAUUAAAGAGGAGGAAACUGUUCAUUGGACGACGACACUCAGUCGGCAAAGUGUUACAAGUGUGAUGAAAUCUGACUUGGAUUCACAUUCUGAUCUGGGUUCAGCUUUAGCAAACAAGAUUGCCCCUGAUGUUGGCAGUGAUGGCUCAGCAAUCCAAAGGUGUCCUGAAGAAUAUAGCAAUGUCUCUACUAAUAAAUGUCUUAAAGCACUUUAUGAAGAGAUGACUGAAGGUAGGACAGAGGAAAGCAUCACAGUAAAAGACCCUCUGCAGCCACUUCCAGAACAGAAACAAAUAUCUGUUGAAACCAAGAGCCAAGAUACUGUGCAAAGACUGGACACGUCUAGGGAAGAGGCAAGCAAUGAGCAGGAGCACUGCCUGGUAAGGCAGUGCAAUAAACACCCAGUACCUAAGCCUCGUAGCAAAGGCACAUCACAAUUGCAGGCUAGUUUGUAUAAAUCUGCAGAGAAUCUGCAACUACAGGAUAGUGGGCAGGAGACAGUGCUCCACAUCUAUGAGCAGCAAACUCGUCAGAAGGGUUUCCUUGCCAAUACACAAUUCUAUGACCAGGGGAUAUGCACUUGUGGUACUGUAUUUUUUGCACCCCUUGACAUGGUUCCCACUUCUAGUAAAGACUUGGGGACUGAGCCCAGACCUACUACUGUUUAUGGGUCUCUCCAAAGACAAGAAACAUUCUUCCCCUCAUUGGAGCUGCAAAAAUCAUGUGAACAAAACACCUCUCCAGAGAUCAAAAACAAAAUGUCAAAAAUGCAUACUCCUCUAACUGAAUAUUCUAAAACAUCAGCUCCUAGAAUGAUCCCAACAGCAGAUACUAGCAAGAAAAGAAAGAAAGUAAGAGUUAUUAUGAAAAAGAGUCAUAUUUUCCAUAUGGCCACUCAUGAAUAUUGGAGAAAAGAUAACAAAAUUGACAUUCUGAAAGAGAUCAAGAAGAUAAGAGCUGCUAUCUUUAACCAAGCUGGAGUUAUGAGAGAAUUUUCAGAUGCAAAUUCAAAGUCCAAAUGA